AUGCAUUUUUUUUCUUUCAUCCCCAAUAACGAGGUUGGCAUGUUCAUAUCCAUGCUGCUUCUGCAGGUUAAAGUCAACUUUGUCUACCAGCCGUUCGCAGACGGCGGCAAGAUUGGAAUAUUUUUGCACUGA